GUUUCUCUUUCAGUUAACAUUUGAGUGAAGCAGACCUGCGCAUUGACUUGAACGUCCGAGAAAGUCCACGCUGACACCACUAUGGCCCCGCCCAUCGCGCUACACUCCUCCAAUGGCGUGGAUUCAAUUGCAAAACUAAGCUGUUCGUUAAAACCGGGGAACGGCGGCGUCCCUGAUCAUUCAUAACGGCAAGAGCAAGACGACAAAUCCAACAGGAAGCGGAAUAAGCAACGUUCAUUCGCAGGGACUAGAAGUGCGCUUGGAUUUUGCACUCUAUUCUCAGCGUCUUUGUGUUCCCACUGGUAUCACUGUACGCUCUGCUAAUAAAACACAGUGACGGUAAAUACUCUGAUCUGUAUCAGAGAGUGAGUUUCUGAUCCAUUCUGCGUCCCAUUCCCAAAUGAACCCAACGCACUUGGAGACGGGCGGCAGGAUAAGCAUGGGAUUACUUUUGUGAUGUGGAUUGUAAAAGCCUUGGAAGAGAAAUUUAAAAUACUUCUCAACAAUGUGAGAGGACCUGCGUCCUGGAUUCUCAUAUUUCUGGAUAUUCUGAAAAUAAUCGGCAACAGCUGAGAGACAUUAUAACACACUCUCUGUCGCUCUCAGGUGUCUGCAUGCGUGUUUUGGGACCAACAUGGGAUUCUCGUUGCCCCUAUAGGUCGGACCCCUUGCGAAGAAGCCUUUACUCAUGUCUAACCUGCUCUCCGAGACCUUUACCAAUGCGUUUGCUAAAGUUCGCCUAUCAUCGGAUAGGGUAUUAAAAAGAUUUAUUCGCCUUAUAAAUUCAAUCAUGAACUUUGCCGUUCGCGUGCUCCAGUUAUUUCUUGUGACGCUUCUGUAUUUUUCAGCUGUCAAGAGUGCCUACAUACCCAGGGAGGGAGGCAGAAGCACAUAUGAUGUGGUGCCAUUCAUGGAAGUGUAUAACCGGUCUCUCUGCCGUCCUCGGGAAAUGCUGGUGGAAAUUCAACAGGAAUACCCUGAUGACACCGAGCACAUCUUCAUCCCGUCCUGUGUGGUUCUCACCCGCUGUGCUGGGUGCUGCAAUGAUGAGAUGAUGGAAUGCACCCCUACCGUCACAUACAACAUUACCUUGGAGAUUAAAAGACUGAAACCUCUCCGUCAUCAGGGUGACUUUUUCAUGAGUUUUGCAGAACACAGUGAAUGCCAGUGUCGGCCAAGGAAAGAUGCACUGGAGAAAAAAGAAAAAAAACCCCGGAAGGGCAAAGGCCAAAAGCGAAAGAGAAAGAAAAACAGUGAAAAAAAGCAGGAUUUUAGUCAGUGUGAGCCUUGCUGUGCUACAUGCUCUGAGAGGAGAAGAAGGUUGUUUAUUCAAGACCCUGAGACGUGUCAGUGCUCCUGUAAACACUCUGAAGCCGACUGCAGGUCUAGACAACUAGAACUCAACGAAAGGACCUGCAGAUGUGACAAACCAAGGAGGUGAACCGAACCGACUUGAGAAUGGACUCUGACAUGAAGGAAUAUUUCACAGUAAUUCACAGCACUUUGAACUUUCAGCUUUGAACUUUGGUCUCGUUUUCCGUCCCGGAGAUAUUGAACGAAUGAAGUGAAGGGUUUUGGGGGAAGUGGGGGGCUAAUAGUCAAUGAAAUGUUCUCUCUGUAUAUUUUCAUGAUUUUCGUGUGCGUGUUAAGCGAAGCGAGAGACUGAAAGCACAGGAUUUGAUUUGCUGCUAAAGGGUCUUCUAGGCAAAGACCUGCGUAAAUGUUUCUGAUCUCGGCUGGCGUGCGUAAAGUCGUACUCGAAAUCACUCAGCGAAACACAUCACUGGAUUUGGGUCUACUGUGCAGUUUUUCAUGUGAAUCUAAAGCACAAACGAAAUGUUUGUAGGACUGCAACAAUUUGUCAGCGUCCACUGUGCGCCCGUGGAAUCAUUCCUCCCAGAACGUGAAGACUGAGAACAAUGCGUGUGUUUUUAUAGAUGGACAAAUGACUGGAGUUUUGACGGAAGACUGAACUGAUUCUGUCAUCGGAAAGUUACACAGUGACGCCGUGUUUGCACCAGAGCUCUGGCCUUGAAGAGGCACACCUUAGAGGAUUUUGGUCAUAUUCACUCCUUAAAGGGAUAUUCAUUCUUUGACAUCUUUGGAAACCACUUUUUGCAGAUCGUAUGAUUCGAUUCCAUGCUUCCACACUACUGGGGAUUUGGUUGUCGUUCAGCUUGGAACUUUAGUCAAAAUUUAUUCCCCUAAGCAAUUCAGUAAUUUAUGAUUUUUUUUUCUCGGUAUUUUCAGUAUUCUAUCUCUUUGUAUUUAAUUUGACCUAUUUAUGUGCAGUGUUAUGUUAAGAUGGAACUUCUCGCCCUUUAAUGUCUGCAAACCUCAAUGGCUGUCUGAAAAAAAAAAAGCUUUUCAUCCUGUUUUAUUUUCUGUAGAUGAACAGAGAAACAUUCCUAGAACUGAUCAGUCGCGUUGCCAACUGCCUUGACUUUGCCGCCUUGAUGCAGAUCUGUUUGUGCCGUGUGAUCUCUAACAAACGAACCGCGUUAAUGUGAUUUUGUGUGCAUACGAGGCUAGUGUUUGUGCGCGUGCAUGUGUGAGUAUGCUUUGGCAAAACAGUCCUGAUGUCAGUGUGACAUACGUAUUGAAUAACAAUAUAGCAGCCAAAUGUAAAUAUAGGCCAAACCCACAUCACCUUUUACUUCUACUAUAAUAAGAUCUAACAAGCUGAAACCGUAUGAUCAGAUUUGGAGUUUUACAAUAUUUAUUUACUUUGUGUAAAUAUGUUGAAUAUUAACAUCUUAUUUGUGUCUGUUUAAUGUAGUACAGCAUAUUUAUUUUCAAAUUAUAUUGCUCCUUUUCUAUAAAAUUUUGUUUGAAAGCUCUUGAUGUUUUACGAUUACAUGAAAGCACCUUGCAUAGCUGUUGGUUUGGUUAAUAUUUAUUAAUUGCAAUAUAAUAUUCAGUGUUUAGGUUCCUUUUGAAGUUAUCAGUUAUUACAGAUUUCAGAAGUAGACAAUAUUCUUGAGAAAAAGGCCUAUUCACACCAAGGAUGAUAAGAAUAAAGAUAAGGAUAUCGUUCUAACAAUCCACAUCACGGCUAUAACAAUAAAGGCACAGAGAAGUGAUAUCGUUGGAAUCACUUUCAGAAAUGUUUUUUUCCAGCUUAUGAAUGAUAAAAACUCUGUCACCCAAUCAGAAUCAAUCGAGCUUGAGAAAGCAGCAGACAAGCGUGUGCUUCGAAUAAACAGAUGAUAUCGACCGCUGGUAUGGAUAAAAUAUAUAUUGUGAACGGGCCUUAACUCAUGACUCAAAAAAAACCAUUAUGGGCAUUCAGGAGCAUACAUGACCUUAUUUCUUGUAGGUAAACUUUUACAUCUUGAGAUCCAGCCACGUUUAAUCAAAUGAAAACUGUCAUCAUCUGCCCUUUUAGUUCAAACGGAUGCAUAAUGCUCCUGCAUGUCCCUAUUGUAUAAAUAAGAAUAAUAGCAAAAUUUCUCGAUACAUGCUGAAAAGUUUUCAGAACUGCUUUAUAUAUUGCACUUAAGUCAAGAAAUGCAUAUCACUGUUAACAAUAGUUAAUUAUUUUAUUAUUUGUUCUCGAUGUGGCCUAGAGUUGCAUCACCUAAGGAUUCCGCUUUAAAACUAUGUUUUUGUUCAAAAUGUGUCCUACAUGUGGUUCAGUUCAGUCUUGGCGAACAUUAUGUAGGAAUGUUUUGGUUUGUUGAACUCUAUAAAACAUACAAAUGUUCAACUAGCAGUUACCAUUCCAGAAAUUUCCCAUCCGUCUCACUAAACCUGAGCCGACAGGUCCAUGUGAUCAUCAGAAUGGCAGCCAUCAGUAGAUCAGUGUUAAUGAGGCUUAGGUUUAAGAGCGGUUUGUGGAACAGUUUGCAGUGUUUGUUUUGAAACAGCUGAUUUUAGCCUGAGCGGUGCUCUGCUCAUACUAGAUUAGCCGAUAUGUUUGACAUAAUACAACCAUGUGAAGCACUUAAGAGCAGCAGCUUUACACUACCUAUGAAAUAUGAGAUAAUCCUCUUGCCGCCCUCCCCCCACCUGCUCAGGCCCCUCCGGCCACUUAAAUACCCCAAGAAUGCUGUAAGUGACUUAAGAUGUGAUUAGAGGAGGAAUUGUGGGGUGGCAGGUUCACGUCUCCUGCAUAAACCGUCAUUUUAGUUGGAUCUACCAGUGAACUUUACCCCAUCAGUUUAACUUGGAGUUAAAUGGCAUGAACCGGGUGGUUGCAGGUUUAAAUCCCAGAUUUUUUUUUUAAUGCAUUUUGUCCAAUCAGAGUGGAGGAGGUUCAUUCUCAGUAAAGGUUGCCAUGUGCCAUGACUUGUUACUGAUAUAAUGAACUGGAUACUGCACUUUGGUAACACUUCACAAUAAGUUUUCAUUUGUUAACACUGGUUAACUAUAUUAGUUAACUUGAACUAAGAAUUGACAGUACUUUUGCAGCAUUUAUUAAUGAAUUUCAACAAAUACUAAUAAAAAAAAGUUUUAAAUCAAAAGUCAAAAAUAUCUGUCACACUUUAUUUUAAGGUCAAAUUCUGGCUAUUAACUAACUAUGCCUCAAUAAACUCGUAAUUACUGCUUAAUAGUUUGUAAGGUCAUUGUUAAGUUUAAGUCCUUGUCAUGCAGAAUAUGUGCUUUAUAAAUACUAAUAAACAGGCUAGUGAUAUGCAAGCUAGAAAGCAACUAGUUAAUAGUGACAAUUGAUCCUUAACUAGGUGUUACCGAAGUAUCUGUAAACAUUAGUUAAUGCACUUUAACAUUAAUAAAUGCUGUAAUGCAUUAACAAAUGAGAGCUUGUUGUAAAGUGUUACCCAUUAUUUAAAAAAUAAAAUAGUGUGUAACACUAAAUAUAUUUUCAAUAUUAAAUUAUUUACACAUUUAUUUAAUAUAAAAAAUAUACUGAGCAAUUUUGCAUGUCCUCAUUCAUUACUGUCUGUUAAUUUUGGGGGGUUUCAUUAGAAUUAAAUUCCACUUAUAUAUGUACAUGCAGAAUGUGUUUUUGCAUUGUUUUUCAUUCAGUCUUGUUCUGCAGCUUCUGACAUCACGUGGCUCAAACAGUAAGUUCAAAAGUACAUUUCUCACACAGUUUGUGAUGAGCAAAUACAAUUAUAUUGGCUUUCUCAAGCUGAUUCAACUCUAAGAAAAAAAUCAGCAAUUUUGACUAAUUAAUGCGUAGUGUAACUUGUUCUGCCUGUUCACUGCUAGCGCUCUGGCAUUUUUGCACUUACUUUCAACCCCAAAACAGUGAACUCUGAAAUAGUGUAAAAAAUUUUAAAUGCUGGUCAAGAGAUCUUCAAUUAAUAAAAAUAAACUUAAUCGCACUUGACUGCAUUUUUUUAUGCUAUUGUGUGUCAAUUAUGAAGCAGUGUCGUUCUGACAUAACAUUUUUCCUAUUAUAUGAACUCAAAACUUCAUGUGGCAUGGUUGAAAUAAUUUUCAUGUUUACUUUACAAACCAACUAUUUUGGACACACAUCUACCAGGCACAAAUUACUGAGAAUGAGCUGAGAAUUUGGGGUUGAGAUCCACUGGGACGUAGAUUAGAGAGGCACAGUGCUGAGUCUUACACAUCUUGACAUUGUUUAGUAAGCAGUCAUAAAUUGGUGCCAUGGGUAAUUGUCAUGUCGCUGAAAAUUAACUGGAAUUUACCCUCGUUUCCAACAGUGUGGCGUGACCAAGGUCUGCGUCUUAAAAAAUCGAAUGCAGUCCACACCCUACAGUAGAGACGUGCACUCUGUCAGGAACAUAUAUCGUUCAGUGGCAUCAUUACUCAUCUGUCCACGUCUCACACCUGUGUGUGUGUGUUUGAGAGAGAGAGUAUCAGAUUAUGUGCAUGCUCGCUCACUCACAUACUGCUAACCACCAUUAAGUCAUCAAUCCUAUAAAACAUGGCUAUAUUUUAUAUGUUUUUCAUUUUAAGACAAUCAAAGUGUGGGAGUUAUUAAAUGAUCAAGUUUGAAGUUUCCUCAUCAGCCUUUAUGACGGAAGGCUUUGAGGUUUAAGGUUCACUUUAAAGACAAAUGCAUUCAUAGUUUAGAAAUAAAUGCGCAUGAUGUCAUUCUGAAUUUGAACUCAUAUCCCUUUUGUGAGAAAUGAACUUUGAUCCUUCUGACAAAACUAUUACAUUGUAAAAAAA